CUGUCCGUGGGGGAGGAGGCACUGGGAGCAAUCUUCUGGUAAGACAGAACAGGGGCUCAGAGCUCCAGGGACCCUGCCAAAAAGCCGGACCACACCAAAAGCCCGUUGUCUGGAGCCACCAAGCUGGAGUCGGAAAUGGGGUCCCGUGGGUCCGGGGCCACUUCUGUUGAGCAGCACCUCCUCCAGACUGAGACCCCAGGGAAGAAUGGGCUCCAGGCCGUGUCGAGUGGCAAAGUGGGAAGAACACUGCGCUGGUUCACCACUGUGGUUCUGAAUGCUGCUUUCCUGGGGAUGGGAGUGAGUGCUGCUGUGCUGGGACCCACAUUUCCGGACCUGGCAAGAAAUGUGAACCGGAAUGUCAGCAGCCUUUCAGAAAUCUUCGUGGGCCGUGCCCUCGGCUACCUGUGCGGCUCUGUGGUUGGUGGAGUGCUUUUCGACUGUAUGAAUCAUUUUCUACUUUUGGGGCUGUCCAACCUGCUCACCAUAGCCAGUCUUUACCUCACUCCUUUCUGUAAAACAGCUGCCUUACUGACUACCAUGAUGUCUGUUACCGGUGUCUCCUUUGGUGUUCUGGAUACAGGUGGAAACGUCCUCAUCUUGGAUCUCUGGGGGGACAAAGGAGCCCCACAUAUGCAGGCCUUGCACUUCAGUUUUGCCUUGGGUGCUUUUCUGGCUCCCCUGCUGGCUAAGUUGGCCUGGGGUACAACAGCAUCUGCUCAGAACUACACAGAACACCAAUCAGACCGUUCGGCCUUGAACCAAUCCUUUGAAGCCACCUUAGACUCGGUGUUCGCGGUACCCGAUGACAAGAAUCUGCUGUGGACAUAUGCUUCUAUUGGCACCUAUGUUUUAGUAGUUUCUGUCUUUCUGUUUGCUCCAUUCUUUAAGAAAAACUCAAAGCAGAAAAAAUCUGCAGCAUCUGCUCAGGGAGCUCGAAGGGCUAAAUAUCACAGGGCCCUGCUAUGCCUCCUCUUUCUCUUCUUCUUCUUCUAUGUGGGAGCUGAGGUGACCUACGGCUCUUUCGUAUUCUCCUUUGCUAUCACCCAUGUUGGCAUGGAAGAGAGCAAGGCAGCUGGCUUGAACUCCAUCUUCUGGGGAACCUUUGCAGCCUGCAGGGGCCUGGCCAUCUUCUUUGCAACAUUCUUACAGCCUGGAACCAUGAUUGUGUUGUGUAACAUUGGCAGCCUGGCCUCAUGUUUCUUUCUGGUGCUUUUUGACAAGAGCCCUCUUUGUCUCUGGAUCGCGACUUCUGUGUAUGGAGCCUCAAUGGCAGCCACGUUUCCCAGCAGCAUCUCCUGGAUUGAGCAGUACACCAGCAUAAAUGGGAAAUCUGCAGCGUUUAUUUUGAUUGGUGCUGCCCUGGGACUAAUGGCGACUCCUGCACUAUCUGGAAUUCUUCAAGGCCACUAUCCAGAUCUCCCAGUAGUUCUGUAUACUUGUCUGGGCUCAGCAGUAUUAACAACUGUUUUAUUCCCUGUGAUGUAUAAAGUAGCCACCUUACCUCUGGAUCAAAAGCAGGAGAAAAGCAUCAACAGUGAGGGCCAGAAAACUUUACUUUCUAGCUUUAGGCUAAUCAAGGAAGCUAAAUGAAAGUGGAAGGUGGAAAGGUGUGUGUGUGUGUGUGUGUGUGCUGUAUGUGCACACAUGCAAUGGAUUUUGCAGUGGUUAAAAUGAAGAAUGAGACAUUUUCUAAUAGAAAUAUAGUAGAAAUGUUUUUAUAAAACCCACAGCCAAGGUCUCCAAGCUACUCUCCUGAGACGCUCUGCAGCCUGUGUCUUCUCCAGCUGACAGUGAGUAUGCAGUCAUGAGGCACCAGGUCUCCUGAAACUCCUUACACUGCCCCUAUUGAAAUUAUCUCCCCAACCCAUGAUUCAAGAAAAGAAGAGAGAAGAGAAGAGAAGAGAAGAGAAGAGAAGAGAAGAGAAGAGAAGAGAAGAGAAGUAUUUCUAAAAUAAAACCCAUGAUCUCUAUAAUUCCUGUAAGACAGCUCUGAGAAAUUAAUGUAAUUGCCAGCCCAUUCUUCAUUUCAAUGAAGUGAGACAUGAAACAGAAAUAGCUUUAAGAAUGUACUCUUGAGCUGGAGAGAUGGCUCAGCUGUUAGGAGCCCCAACCACUCUUCCAGAGGUCCUGAGUUCAAUUCCCAGCAAC